UGGAUACAUUUGUUACGUAGGCACUCCUCCUCCCACUCUCGUUAGAACUACUGCAACGAUAAGGACACCAACGACUGCUACUUCCACCCAAGCCAUGCUCCGCCCAACUGCCCCCUCCAAAAGUAACUGUGACUGUGGAUUGGAGAAUCAAGGGCCAAGAGUGGCAGGUGGCGAUACUGCAUCGACAGCUGAAUAUCCUUGGAUGAUUGGUAUCCUUAAAGAUGGAAUGAAUAAGCCUUCUUGCGGAGGAAGCCUCAUCUCCAAUCAGUGGGUGCUGACAGCCGCGCACUGCAUGACAGAUGAAACACUCGAGAACGUAGAGGUAUUGCUGGGUACAAAUCAGGUUGGGCUAAACCUGCAGUUCGGCAGAAGAGUCAAGGUAUCUCGGGUAAUUAUCCAUCCCUAUUAUAAUGAAAAAUAUGACAAUGACAUUGCCUUGUUGAAGCUGGCUGCCCGAGUGACUUAUUCGACCAGAAUUUCACCUGUGUGUCUACCUUACAAUAUGCGGAACUCGGACUACGAAGGUACUUAUGGAACUGUAACGGGGUGGGGCAGUGUUGGUGAACUAGGAGAUACGUCUACAGUUCUAAAGGAAGUUGAUCUCCGCAUCAUAAGCUAUGAAGAGUGUAUCGUAUACAACCGCGGCAUGGCGGUCUAUAAAGUCACAAAUAAUAUGUUUUGCACCUUGAGACCUGGCCAGGACGCUUGUAGAGGAGACUCGGGUGGUCCGCUGACCGUCCAGUCUAAAGGACGUCACAUCCAGCUGGGGAUUGUAUCUUGGGGGCUACCGCCUUGUGCAGAUCCUUUAAACCCCGGAGUCCAUACGAAAGUAACUAAUUACCUCAGAUGGAUCGAAAAUGUCACGGAUGAGACCUUCUGCAAAGUGAAUUAAUAUCUCGUGGUAAAUCACUAGAGUAUGAUGUGAGUGAAGAAAAAUAUGCGGGCAAGUUUUGUUAUUGCACUUACGUUCAGCUCGCACGAUGUUCGUGUACAACCCUAGCAAAUUGAUGAGCAUAGAGAUAUGAAUGUAUAUAGAAAUUUCUUGACCUUGUACAAGCUUGGAAAAUUAUUCCCCUAUUGGUGGUGUGGAGAAUAACGAAAUUGAUUUAGUUCAAUAUUUUGUCAUUCCACUAAAAGUAAAUAUUAUCGUAUCGAAUUGAGGAUAGACAGCUGUUGAAAAUAUAGUGGCUGACGAUUGUAACAACUACCAACGUGGACAAGAAGUACCUCUUACAUAGAAACUUUGCAAUGGUAUUUGAAAAUAGAUGCUAGGAUGAAACCUUGAUUAGUGAUGGCUAAAUCAAUUUCUACCUUAUUUCAAAUGCAUCCUAAUGAAGUACUUGAGCUACUUAGGUUAAUUUAGCUGUAUAAUUAGAGGCAGAAGUUAUAUAGAAAUAUUGAUAAUUGCAGAAAUAUUACAAGAAAUGCUGGAUCUGCGUGAAUGGAGAUUGAUAGUUGAAUUCGAAUGAAAGUUACGACGUUGGGCUUCAUCAAAAUGAUCUUGUUAUUGGUAUAUGCAUUCGCAUGUCCAGUGGAAAUUUUCAUGUUAGGUAGAAAAAAAUUUUUGUGAUGUAGAAUUGUUGUUGUUCUCCGUUGUAGAAUUGCAUGGUAGCACAACCGAGUCUUUUGUCGAUGCUAAGAGCGUUCAUGGUCAAUUUUAUAGUGCUGUAACGAAUGUAUAAAAUCGUAUUGAUCUGUACUUAAGUGCAUGCAGGGUUGAAU